AAUAAUUUCUGAGAUAAAAUCCAUGGAACUCGGAAAACCAAGAAUUGCAUUCUUCUUGGUACUUCUAAUAAUUUCACAAGAUUUGAUCUUUAUUAAAGUUUUAGCAGAAGGGGUCACUUUUGAUGAAGCUAAACAGCUUAGAGAUGAGGUUCGUGAAAUGUUCUAUCAUGCAUUUGAUGGAUAUAUGGAUCAUGCUUUUCCACGUGACGAGUUAAAACCUCUAUCAUGUCAAGGAGAAGACACACUUGGUGGCUAUGCCCUAACAUUGAUUGACUCAUUAGACACCUUGGCUUUGCUCGGCGAUAAAGAGCGCUUCACAUCUUCUGUUGAAUGGAUUAGUAAGAAUGUUCGAUUUGAUCUUAACAAAACAGUAUCCUUGUUUGAAACUACAAUCCGGAUCCUUGGAGGUUUACUUUCUGCUCAUCUCAUCGCAAGCGAUUAUUCUACGGGUAUGCGUAUUUCUUCAUAUGAUGAUGAACUUCUUCAUCUUUCUGAGGAUCUGGCUCGUAGAUUAUUACCCGCAUUUGAUACCCCAACAGGUAUUCCAUUUGGAUCUGUUAAUCUGUUGUACGGAGUUGACGAAAAUGAGAGCAAGAUAACAUCUACGGCUGGUGGUGGCACUCUGACAUUAGAAUUUGGGGUGCUUAGUCGUUUGACAAAUGAUCCUGUUUUUGAGCAAGUUACGAAGAAUGCAGUUCGAGGAAUAUGGGCUCGUCGUUCCAGAAUAAAUUUAGUUGGUGCUCAUAUAGAUGUAUUUACUGGUGAAUGGACACAGAAGGAUGCAGGAAUAGGAACAAGUAUUGACUCUUUUUACGAAUAUCUUUUGAAGGCGUAUAUUUUAUUUGGAGAUGAAGAAUAUCUUUACAUAUUUCAAGAAGCUUACGGGGCAGCUAUGCACUACCUAUUUCACGACCCUUGGUAUGUAGAAGUCAACAUGAAUUCUGCUGCACUGGUUUGGCCUUUAUUUAAUAGUCUGCAGGCAUUUUGGCCAGGCCUUCAGGUUCUAGCUGGAGAUAUUGAUCCUGCUAUUCGAACACAUACUGCUUUUUUUAGUGUCUGGAAAAGAUAUGGCUUCACCCCCGAAGGCUUCAAUCUUGCCUCCUUCUCUGUUCAGCAUGGUCAAAAAAGCUACCCACUUCGUCCAGAACUGAUAGAGAGCACCUACUGGCUCUACAAAGCUACAAGGGAUCCUAGGUAUCUUGAUGUAGGACGAGACAUUGUUAGCAGCUUGCAGUAUGGAGCCCGUUGCACAUGUGGAUAUUGCCACAUAUCAGAUGUCGAGUUUCACAAGCAGGAAGAUAACAUGGAGAGCUUCUUUUUAGCUGAGACGGUCAAAUAUCUGUGGCUUCUUUUUGAUUUGGCUGCUGGCCCUGAUAACCUAGUCGAAAAUGGACCAUACAAGUAUAUAUUCAGCACAGAAGGCCAUUUAUUGCCCAUGACUCCUAGAAUUUCUCUAGUCGAUGAGCACUGUUCAUAUUUUGGGGCAUACUGUAAAAACAGUAACUUUAGAGGUAGUUCUUAUAUCUCCAAGGAUGGUCUCCAAAGUAACAACACCCGAUUUCAGAGAGGUCUGGGUUCUACAAACUACGUUUCCAAAUAUGCCUUCCAUAAGUCCACUCCUAAAUCUGGAACUAUUAAGGGGUUUUGCCCGGGACUAAAACACGAGCAAAUGUAUGGCUUAUCAUAUGUGGCUUCACCAGACAUGGUCCAUGAAGACGAGUCUACAGACCAAAAUGAGAAUGGUACUGAUCAAUCCAAGUCAGUGGUGGUGCUUUCUGAUUCAAUCUCGAAAUGACUAAUCAACAAUAGUUAAUCCUUUGUAGGCCAUUCAAAACAGUUAAACAUCAUAUGCGUUGUAGGUUGUACAGCGAUUUUUAUACAUCAGGCUUUUUGGGUACAUCAGAUGGUGAAAUCUACCCCUCAUUUGUUGUACAUUAGUAAAUCUCAUCUCAUAAGAUAUGUAAUUUGGUUUAAAAAUAUAUAUAAAUUUUUUAAGUUCUUUUGAA